CAGCACGCCCGCAGAGCGAGCGGCCCGGGCCGGCGAGCCGGGGUGGUCCGUCCCGCGGCGGCCGGCUCCGGCCUCUGGCGGCGGUGGGGAGGGCAGGGGGGAAGAGACCGGCCGGGCCCCGAGCGCCGCGAGAUCUCGCGCCGUCUCGCGAGAGUUCAAGUUGCGGGAACAUGGCGGCGUCGAAUCUGUUAAAGACCUCCACUCCAAGCAGCCAGCUUUGAAGCUCCAGAAACGAAAAGUGCCACUCCUCUACCGUCCUAGCCUUUUAUAGAGAUGGAGAAACGUCACACCUAUGAGAAUAAAGGUUCCCUUCAAUUUGAAGACAAAUGGGAUUUCAUGCGUCCAAUUGUUUUGAAGCUUUUACGCCAGGAAUCUGUUACUAAACAGCAGUGGUUUGAUCUGUUUUCGGAUGUACAUGCAGUCUGUCUCUGGGAUGAUAAAGGCCCAGCAAAAAUUCAUCAAGCUUUAAAAGAAGAUAUUCUAGAGUUUAUUAAGCAAGCACAGGCACGAGUACUGAGCCAUCAGGAUGAUACAGCUUUGCUGAAAGCAUAUAUUGUUGAGUGGCGAAAAUUCUUUACACAAUGUGAUAUUUUACCGAAGCCUUUUUGUCAACUAGAGAUUACCUUAAUGGGUAAACAGGGCAGCAAUAAAAAAUCAAAUGUAGAAGACAGUAUUGUUCGAAAGCUCAUGCUUGAUACAUGGAAUGAAUCAAUCUUCUCAAAUAUUAAAAACAGACUCCAAGAUAGUGCAAUGAAGCUCGUACAUGCUGAAAGAUUGGGGGAAGCUUUUGAUUCUCAGUUGGUCAUUGGCGUGAGAGAGUCCUAUGUGAACCUUUGUUCUAAUCCUGAGGAUAAGCUUCAAAUUUACCGGGACAAUUUUGAGAAGGCAUACUUGGAUUCAACGGAGAGGUUUUAUAGAACACAGGCGCCUUCCUAUUUACAACAGAAUGGCGUUCAGAAUUACAUGAAAUAUGCAGAUGCCAAAUUAAAAGAAGAAGAAAAACGAGCACUCCGUUAUUUAGAAACCAGACGAGAAUGUAACUCUGUUGAAGCACUCAUGGAAUGCUGUGUAAAUGCCCUGGUGACAUCCUUUAAAGAAACUAUCUUAGCAGAAUGCCAAGGCAUGAUCAAGCGAAAUGAAACUGAAAAAUUACACUUAAUGUUUUCACUGAUGGAUAAAGUUCCGAAUGGGAUAGAGCCAAUGUUGAAAGACCUAGAGGAGCACAUCAUCAGCGCUGGCCUGGCAGAUAUGGUAGCAGCUGCUGAAACUAUUACUACUGACUCUGAGAAAUAUGUUGAACAGUUACUUACACUAUUUAAUAGAUUUAGUAAACUCGUCAAAGAAGCUUUUCAAGAUGAUCCUCGAUUUCUCACUGCAAGAGAUAAGGCAUAUAAAGCAGUUGUUAAUGAUGCUACUAUAUUUAAACUUGAAUUACCUUUGAAGCAGAAAGGGGUGGGAUUAAAAACUCAGCCAGAAUCAAAAUGCCCCGAGCUUCUUGCCAAUUACUGUGAUAUGUUGCUAAGAAAAACACCACUAAGCAAAAAACUGACCUCUGAGGAGAUUGAAGCAAAGCUCAAGGAAGUGCUCUUGGUACUUAAAUAUGUACAAAAUAAAGAUGUUUUUAUGCGAUAUCACAAAGCCCACUUGACACGGCGUCUCAUAUUAGACAUCUCUGCUGAUAGUGAAAUUGAGGAGAAUAUGGUAGAGUGGCUAAGAGAGGUUGGUAUGCCUGCAGAUUAUGUGAACAAGCUUGCUAGAAUGUUUCAGGACAUAAAAGUAUCUGAAGAUUUGAAUCAAGCAUUUAAGGAAAUGCAUAAAAAUAAUAAAUUGGCUUUACCAGCUGAUUCCGUUAAUAUAAAAAUUCUGAAUGCUGGUGCCUGGUCCAGAAGCUCAGAGAAAGUCUUUGUCUCACUUCCUACGGAAUUGGAGGAUUUGAUACCUGAAGUAGAAGAAUUUUACAAAAAAAAUCAUAGUGGUCGAAAAUUACAUUGGCAUCAUCUCAUGUCAAAUGGAAUUAUAACAUUUAAGAAUGAAGUAGGUCAGUAUGAUUUGGAAGUGACGACGUUUCAGCUGGCUGUAUUGUUUGCAUGGAACCAAAGACCCAGAGAGAAAAUCAGCUUUGAAAAUCUGAAACUUGCAACAGAACUCCCAGAUGCUGAGCUCAGGAGGACUUUAUGGUCUUUAGUGGCUUUCCCGAAACUCAAACGGCAAGUGUUGCUGUAUGAACCUCAAGUCAAUUCACCCAAAGACUUUACCGAAGGCACCCUCUUCUCCGUGAACCAGGAGUUCAGUUUGAUAAAAAAUGCAAAAGUUCAGAAAAGAGGUAAAAUCAACUUGAUUGGACGCUUGCAGCUUACUACCGAAAGAAUGAGGGAAGAGGAGAAUGAAGGAAUAGUCCAACUAAGAAUACUUAGAACCCAGGAAGCCAUUAUACAAAUAAUGAAGAUGAGGAAAAAAAUCAGUAAUGCUCAGCUUCAGACUGAAUUAGUAGAAAUUUUGAAAAACAUGUUCUUGCCACAAAAGAAAAUGAUCAAAGAGCAAAUAGAAUGGCUAAUAGAGCACAAGUACAUUAGAAGAGAUGAGUCUGACAUCAACACUUUCAUUUAUAUGGCGUAAUUUUGAAUAUCACGGACAAUCUUCAGAACCCAAAUUUUAGAGUGCGUGGGCAGAAAGUUGUAUCAGUCUGUGCUGGAGGAAGGUUUAUUUGGACUUCGAUUACAUAAAUAUUAAAAUCUCUGCCUUACCUGACCAAGCGACUAUAUUUUGCCAAUCACAUUAGUUAGCAUGCUGGCACUCCCUUCCUUCCACUCUUAACAGCAUGCUGUUUUGUGGAGAAACGUGCGUUCAUGAAGAGCCCACAAUGAACUUUGAAAAGUCAAUUUGAUGUUACCCACCAGAAGAAAGACGGUCGGGAAGGCUGAGAGCAGACUUCUGGUCCCUUCGUUCUCUCUCCUUCCCUACCUCCCUUUUCCCCACAGAUCUGUACUUGCACACGGAAGGAUCUUCAGAUAUUUGUGCACUGAAAUGCUGUUAUGGUUUGUUUUUUUAAAUGCAAUUAAAGCUAGAUAUAGCAA